AUGGCGGUGUCGUUCGAGGGAGACGAUGUGAGGCAGGGCGUGCCGGAGAACCUCGAGAACCUCGUCGCGCCGCACAUCGACUCCUUCGACUAUUUCGUCGAGCGCGGGUUACCAGAGGCUGUUCGCCUGAUUCGACCCGUCGAAGUGCACGACUCGUUCAGGAAGCUCAGAUUCUACUUGUGGUGGGAGAAUCCGAGCAUCACAAAGCCUUUUAGCGAGGAUGGUCAGCACCGACCCGUUUACCCCUCAGAGCACCGGCAAGCACGCACCACCUACCAUCCGUUCCCCCAUUUCCCCCCUUUCCCCCCUUUCCCCCUCUUUACCCGUCCUUCCCCCACUUCCUGCCAUGCCACACCAGUGCCACCAGGCUGGCACCACCUAUCGGGGCGACUUUCGCAUCGAUCUCCUUUCCACCAUCCCCCACACCCCUCCUCCCCUCCCUUUUGCCAUCUUCCCCUUCUUGAGACGCCUCAAAAAAAGACCUUCUUUCCACCAUCGCCCACACCCCUCCUCCGCCCCUUUUUGCCCUCUUCCCCUUCGUCGCUCCCACACCAGUGUCGCCAGGCGGGCACCACCUACAGGAGCGACUUCCGCAUCAACGGGUGUUUGUUCCCAUCCUCUUUCCCUCUCCCCUUAUAUCACACUUGUUCAAAAACACCCUCUCACCCCUCCUUCUCCGUCUCCCCCCUGCCGUGCUCCCACACCAGUGCCGCCAGGCUGGCACCACCUAUUGGGGCGACUUUCGCAUGGAUGAGUCUUUGUUCCCGUCCCCUUCCUCUCUCCCUUAUGCUGUCAUACUUGUUCAAAAACACCCUCACACCCCUCCUUCCCCCUCUCCUUCCUGCUGUGCUGCCACACCAGUGCCGCCAAGCAGGCACCACCUACAGGGGCGACUUCCGCAUCGACCUCUGCGUUUCCUAUUUCGACGAGGAUGAUGACGUGGCGCUUGCUGACGUGGCCAAGGGCCCCAUGCAGCGCCAGCAGCUGAGCCUGGGGAGGGUGCCAAUCAUGGUCAAGUCUGGCUCAUGUCAUCUGCGCCAUCUCACUCAGGAACAGCUCGUGCGGCGCAAGGAGGAGAGCAUCGAGCUCGGCGGCUACUUCAUCUGCAACGACAUUGACCGCCUCAAUCGCCUGCUCAUUGCUCCCCCUGUCAUUCAUGGGGUUCAUGCCCACACUCCCCUUGCUCUAUCCAUCCCAGCCCCCUAUGCCUCUUACCCUCCAUCCCCGUGUGCCAUCCCCAUGCCCCACCGCAUCUCCCAUGCGAACAGCUACUUCAUUUGCAACGGCAUCGAGCGUCUCAUUCGCCUGCUCAUUGCUCCCCGCCGCAACUAUGUGAGCCCACUGUUGUGUUGCUGUGAUUGCCUAAUGGACGUCUCAGAUGCAGAGCUGUACGAGCAUCUGACGGCCAUCCUCACAGCAGAGCAGGCUGCAGCCGACCCUCCGGAGACCGACAAGCAGCUCACAGCAACCGAAGGAGGAGCAGCAGGGGCAGCCACAAAAUCAUCACCAGUAACAGCGGCGGCAGCGGCGGCGGCGGCUGCGGGGUUGGGAACGCAGUUUGUGAGGGAGAGGGCGCUGGUGGUGCUGAGUCACCCGCGCUCUCUGGGCCUCUUCACUCGCAUGGAAUGCCUGGCUUUCCUAGGCAAGACCUUUAGGCCUGCUGUGAACGUGCCCAGCUACAAGUCCGACGCAUAUGUGGGGCAGCAGAUCAUAACGGACCUGGUUCUCGUGCAUCUCGACAAGCCCAUGGAUAAGCUGCGCCUCCUCGUGUGA